CGGGGCGGUCGAUGGCCGGGCGGCGGCAUGCGGCUCCUGUUUCUGGCCGUGCUCCGGCCGCACACAGGCAACGCCGUCACGGCCGAGCGCGUCCGAGACCAUCUAGAAGCUGCAGGUCACAUAUGUAUUCUGAAAGAUGCCUUUGACUUUGAAAGCCCAUCUGAAAUCGCGAACCUCAUCAAGGCUGAGAGCUUUGAGGCAGCGCUGGCUCUUCAUCUCUAUCGAGGAGGCCGACUUCUGCAAGGUCAUGGAAUUCCUUUUGGAAUCAUCUUUGGUGGAACUGAUUUAAAUGAAGAUGUCAACCAGGGAGAAAAAAACAAAGUGAUGGGAAAAGUCCUUGAAGAAGCCAGAUUUGCUGUUGCUUUCACAAAGUCAAUGGAGGAAAUGGCACAAAGGCAGUGGCCGCAUGCUAAGGGCAAGGUCUAUGUCCAGAGUCAAGGAAUUGCAACAGUACCAAACGCCGCCUUUAACUGGGACACCUUUCUUCAGCGAUCAGAGAUUAACCAAAGUGCUGACAAUUUACACGUGUUUCUCCUGAUAUGUGGACUUAGACAAGUUAAAGACCCUCUCUAUUUGGUGGAUGUGUUCUCAGAGUGGCAUCGGGAGGAGCCCAGCGUUUACAUGGUAAUUGUGGGUCCCGAAGUUGAUCCAGUGUUUACAAGGGAAGUAAAAGCCAAAGUCAGAAGGAUGGCUGGGGUGCGAUUGAUCAGGGAAAUGCCUCAGGAGGAUCUCCACGCGGUGGUGAAGAACUGCUUCGCGGUGGUGAACAGCUCCGUCUCGGAAGGCAUGUCAGCUGCAAUCCUGGAGGCCAUGAAUUUGGAGGUGCCCGUGUUGGCUAGGAACGUCCCUGGGAACGCCGCCGUGGUGAAGCAUGAAGUCACGGGGUUGCUGUUUUCAGAUCCUCAGGAAUUUGUUCAGCUGGCAAAGAGACUGGUGAGCGAUCCUGCGUUGGAGAAGGAAAUUGUGGCCAACGGAAGAGAGUACGUGAGGACGUGUCACUCGUGGCAGGCGGAAAGAGACACAUAUCAACACCUCGUCGGGACCCUCUCGGGAAGCGGCGGGCGCUAAGGGCGCGUGCCGGGUGCCCGUCCUGGGCCCGUCUGCGUCCGCCAUCAGAUGCAUGGCCCUGGGCGAGUACCCAAGACACAGUUCUGGGCCGGCAGGUCUAGUCCACUACAAAUCAAGCCAGUUUCCUCGGACUCGUAGAUCCGUUAGUUGUAAGGCAGAACCUCAUCUAAAACCUCUGUGUGCUUCCAGACAACACCCCUGGUAUGUUUGCAGAUCAGUCCUGAUGGAGACGCAGAAGCUCGUCGGCUCAUUGGGGUGGAGGUGGGGUCACUGGUUUUAAGGAGAAUUAGGGACAGCAUGGGACUCGCUGUUUUAGGACUUUCUGUAGACAAUAGGGGCCUAUCUGUAAGCCAUCAUGGCGUGGGCACCUCUCACCUGUCUUCUGAGUGACCUGUAACCCAUCAUUGUCUGUUCAAAAAGCAAAAACAACAAAACCCGGCAACUAAAAGGAGCCCUGGCAGCAUUUAACAUGGUGCAGACUCAACAGCAAAUCUGAGGCCCUGACAGGUGUGUGGGGGGGCCUGCAGAUCUCACAAGUGUGCUGUUCUAAACACUAGACACAGUGCUGCGCAUGAGGCCGCAUGUGCACACCUUACUCUUCAGUUAGGUAUCUGAAAGACAGUGGGAGCCCUCUAGGAAAGCAGGAGGGCCCCCUGCAGGCUCCUCCUGGUCAGAUUGGAGUUGAAAACCAGGUUGGAACAAGGGUCACGUCACCCGCAGCCUGGAAAAUACUCAGUGACCCCGAGGUGGAGCCUGGAUCUUUGGGUUCAGUGUAGGUCUUCCUUCCCCUCCCAGUAUCAGGGAGCCAGGAUGAGUGACCAACGGGUCCCAAGCUUCCAGCCUGUCGCAGGACUGGCACCCUGGGGUCUGGGGUCUGGGGUCUGUGCGACCUUAUCUAACACACGGUGAGUCCAGCCAAGUGCAGCCAUCUCUGUAAGGAUGUCCUGGUCCCCGAGCUUAGUGCUUUUCCUCUGGUGGCUGCACUGGCCUGUGUCGGGUCCUGCACUCAUUGUGUCCCAGUGGACCUUCCCAGACAAUGAAUGGGAGUGAGCUGUUCCAUGGCAUCCUGUGAGGUGGGAAGCAGUGGGCUUGGGGGGCAAGAGAAUGAAAAGCCUCAGAGCCCAUGGCGGGAAGUGCUUUGAUCGUUCGUUUAGAAGCCGGUGACUCUGGAGGAAGGGGUCAGGAGGAGCCUCAGGUUCCAGGACCCCUUGGGCUCUUUGCUUUCCAACCAUCAUAUUCUUAAAAACGGCCAAACCUAUAUCCUGUUUUUAAAAGAAUGAGCCUCAAAUUAAACUUCUUAAACUCUGAUGAGUUCGGGAUGAGAACAGCACGUUUAGAUUCUGUGUCAUGUGAUCUGACGUGUCCCUCUGCCACCUCGACCUCAGAACAGAGUCCCUUUCCCGAAAGGCAGGUAACUGGGAACAGCAGACGCUCCUCACUCCCAGGAUGCGCAGUUCUGUGAACAGUGUCCCCUCUUGUGUGUGUCUCGGGGGCGCCGCCCUCUGGGAGCGAGGAGAGGGAGGGAGAAACAGCCCCCGCCCCCGGAGGACGGCUCCAUCAGAAUCUGGAAUUAGCAAUGCCGCCCAGAGGAGAGGUCCAGGAUCAUCCCAGGUACGUCCAGUGACACUGCUACUUGUAAAAUGCUGGUUGUCUGGAAGCCCGUCUCUUCCUUGUCGGAUGAUGCUGUAGAUGUUUGCCUCCACCAUACCUCAACGUCAUUAAUUUAUGUCUUGAUAGAAACACGCACACACACCUAACACACUUGGGGGAAGGGCGUGUUUUCAAAUGAAUAAACUGUGUUACCAUCA